CGCAGGCAGACGGGUUUGAGACAGCAGCUGAAUAUCCAGCUUGCGUAUCACCAACUUCCUUCGACCACAUUUUGGGGCCAGACUGUGACUACUCAUUUAAAGCCUGCCUCUCGGAAAGGGCAUGCUUUGCGUUCUGUCCUUCCUUUUCAUCGCCUUGCUAUACUCAUAUCCCGUCUUGACUCAGUUCAUCCCCCAACUUGACCUUGGCCAGAGUUACCAUACCAUGGGCGGUGGACACGGGAUUCGCUCGGUCGUGUAUUACGUGAAUUGGGCGCCCUAUGCACGCAAUCACCAUCCUCAAGACCUCCCUGCGGAGAAUCUCACCCAUGUCCUCUACGCCUUUGCCAAUGUCAAACCUGACAGCGGCGAGGUCUAUCUGACAGAUCCUUGGUCUGAUACUGACAAACACUACGACGGUGAUAGCUGGAAUGACUCGGGGACGAACGUGUAUGGGUGCGUGAAGCAACUGUUCCUUCUGAAGAAGAGGAACCGCAACCUCAAAGUGCUUUUGAGCAUUGGUGGAUGGACUUACUCCUCAAACUUCGCACAGCCUGCCAGCACGUCCGGUGGACGGAGAAACUUUGCAGAGACAGCUGUCAAACUGCUGGAAGAACUGGGAUUCGACGGCAUCGACAUCGACUGGGAGUACCCUAAGAAUGAAAGUGAGGCGGCAGACUUUGUCAAGCUGCUGCAGGAGACUCGCCACGCCCUCGACGCGGCAGCUGCCAAACGACACCAUACCAGGUUUUACUUGACGGUGGCAUGCCCCGCCGGACAGUCCAACUUUGAGAAACUGAAGAUCGCCGAGAUGGACAGUCUACUCGACUUUUGGAACCUGAUGGCAUAUGACUAUGCAGGAUCAUGGGACCAGCGAGCGGGGCACCAAGCAAAUCUAUUCCCCUCCCAAUCCCACCCUCAGUGUACGCCGUUCAGCACCGUGGCUGCCAUCGAACACUACACCAGGCAUGGGGUACAUCCAUCCAAGAUUGUCCUGGGAAUGCCCUUGUACGGCCGAGCCUUCAUAUCGACCUCCGGACCCGGGCAUGCGUUCAAUGGGGUGGGCGAAGGAAGCUGGGAGCAAGGUGUCUGGGAUUACAAAGCACUCCCAAAGCCUGACAGCACCGAGUUCCACGAUCGUGAUGUUGGUGCCAGCUGGAGUUACUGCCCUUCUUCGAACACCAUGAUAAGCUAUGAUACGCCAGAUUUGGUAGCUCAGAAGGCGAAUUUUGUGCGAGACUAUGGCCUAGGCGGUGGCAUGUGGUGGGAGAGUUCAGCCGACAAGGCGAUUGGACAGGGCAGCCUGAUUGAGACAUUUCUCAGGCAGAGUGGUGGGCCGAGUGGGCUGGAAGAGGUCAAGAAUUGCCUGGAAUAUCCCGAGAGCAAAUACGACAACUUGCGGAACAAGUUUGAAUGAGGUCAAAGGCAUCACCUGCCGUCGUCAGCUGGGAUGCUUGAAGUGUUGACAAAGAGUAAUGUGCAUCAGAGUGGAGAUGCUAGCAACAGCUGAACAGAUCACUUUCUAAAAUUUCGGAGCCAUUGUCAAGGGAUGGCUUCCAUAUCCAUGGUGAUCGCUUCCUCCUAACGCAAUCGGCAGGGUCUCCAGCCGCGUUUUGUGUAACAUGAAGGCAAGGUGGAAGGCACCCGGCGGGUAGGGAUGAUGAAUAGACCCCGGUCGAGAAUGAAGGACAGCUGUCUGUCAACCAUUGAUGGGCGUGAUAUUGGCAAACCUAGCCUCGAUGGUCUGAGUACCGAACGAGUCUGUACAUGUCAUCCAGGAGACGGGUGUUCAAGGUCCCCUCCACACCUCGCCCUGUCGCCGUACCAAUGACUCCCCAGCAAGCGAGGCAUGACACUGCUUCUGUCAAAACUAGACACCACAUAGAGGACUUUUCUCUUACCUAAUUCACCUGUUCUUGCCUGUC